AUGUUGCAAUUCAAAUUAGUCUUGUUGGGGGACUCAUCUGUUGGAAAAUCAUCUAUUGUGAAUAGAUUUGUUAAAGAUUCAUUUGAAGAUUUGAGAGAAAGUACAAUCGGCGCAGCCUUCUUGUCGCAAACAAUAAAAUUAAAUGAUAAUGGUAAAGAAGUUAUAGUAAAGUUUGAGAUUUGGGAUACAGCAGGGCAGGAACGUUAUAAGUCAUUGGCUCCAAUGUAUUAUAGAAAUGCAAAUGCUGCUCUAGUUGUAUAUGAUAUUACAGAACUUGAUUCACUGAAUAAAGCUAAGACGUGGGUAGAAGAAUUGAAAAACAAAGUUGGAGAUGAUAACAUCGUCAUAUAUCUAGUAGGUAACAAGCUGGAUGUUUGCGAGAAGGAUUCUAGUAAGAGGCUCGUUUCCCUGGAGGGUGCUAAGGAAUAUGCCAAGGAACAAGGCUUAUUAUUUAUAGAGACAAGUGCGAAGACUGGUGCUAAUAUAAAGGAAACUUUUCAGGAAAUCGGCGAAAAAUUGUACGAUAUUAAGAAAACAGAAGUAAAUACUGAUUUGGAUGGGAACACUGGUGAAAUCGAAAUAUCAAAGCCUUCAACAAACGAUACUACUUCCUGUUGCAGUUGA